AUAUAAUCACAUCAACUUUCUCUAUUGUUCUUUGGCUUAACAAAACACAGUUUUUCCUUAGAAAAAUCAAUUGUUUCUUGAUUUAUACAUUUCGGCUUUGGCUUUAGGUAUAUGAUUAUGAAGACUGGUGGAAUGAAAUCUUUUACCCCAUUAAUUUUCUUGAUCUUAUUUUGCACAUUAGCUACAGUUUCAUUGGCUUCCCUAAAAGUUGGUUACUAUCAUUAUAGCUGCCCUUCUGCAGAAGCAAUUGUAAAGAAAGCAGUGCAGAAAGUUGUCUCAAGAAACCCUGGCAUAGCAGCAGGCCUAAUUAGAAUGCAUUUUCAUGAUUGCUUUGUUAGGGGGUGUGAUGCUUCGAUCCUGCUUGAUUCAACACCAGGUAAUCCUGCAGAGAAGGAGAAUCCGGCAAAUAACCCGAGCUUGCGUGGAUAUGAAGUGAUUGAUGAGGCGAAGGCUGAACUUGAGGCCAUAUGCCCACAAACAGUCUCGUGCUCAGAUAUCAUAGCAUUCGCUGCUCGUGAUAGUGCUCAAGGCGUGGGUGGAAUAAAAUAUGCGGUGCCAUCAGGGCGUCGUGAUGGAAGAAUAUCCCUGGAAGACGAGGCAGGUCAGAACCUUCCUCCUCCUACAUUCAACGCCCAACAAAUCGAAGAAAAUUUUGCACGAAAAGGUCUUUCGUUACAAGACAUGGUGACUCUUUCGGGAGCACAUUCCAUUGGAGUUUCACAUUGUUCUUCCUUCUCGAAACGUCUGUACAAUUUCAGUUCAACCCAAGGACAAGAUCCUUCAUUGGAUCCUAUGUUUGCUAGAGCGUUGAAGAGAAAGUGUCCACCAAAUGCUGCAAAUGAUCAAACUGUGCCACUUGAUGUGCGGACACCAAACAGAUUGGACAAUAAAUACUAUAAAAAUUUGAAGAAUAAUCAUGGGGUGUUAACAUCUGAUCAGACUCUUGUGAAUAGCCCAUCAACGGCUGGGAUUGUGAGGGAAAAUGCCAAGAAUGAAAUGGCUUGGAAACAUAAGUUUGCAGCUGCAAUGGUGAAGAUGGGAUACAUAGAUGUCCUAACUGGAAACCAGGGAGAAAUCAGGAAGAAUUGUAGGGUGGUGAAUUAGAUCAUUAAGUUAGAUAGGGAUCAUCCCCUUAUUAUUUAAGCUUAACGUUCUUUAAUUGGUGAUUCAAUUGUAAUUAGAUUUGUUUUGGAAAUUGAUUUUAGGUAAUUGUAUUCACACAAACAAUUUUCAUUAGUUAAAUUACAUUUUAAUUUUAUUUAA